AUGUAUAUAUUCAAAAAUUUAUAUUUGUUCAUAACCAUCGCAGCCAUGGACUCUGCAAACCAGACGGGCAUCUCGGUGUUCAUCCUGCUGGGCCUGUCCAGCGACCCUGGGCAGCAGUGGCUCCUCUUCCUGCUCUUCCUGGCUCUAUACCUGGUCACCGUGGGGGGGAACCUGCUCAUCGUCCUGGCCAUCGGCACCAACUCGCACCUCCAGUCCCCCAUGUACUUCUUCCUCGCCAACCUGUCCCUGGUCGACGUCUGCUUCUCCUCCACCACCGUCCCCAAGAUGUUGGCCGUCAUGCAGACUGGUAACCACACCAUCUCCUACGCCGGCUGUCUGAGCCAGGUGUAUUUUUCAUUUCUAUUUGGAGGCCUGGACGACUUCCUCCUGGCUGUGAUGGCCUAUGACCGUUUCAUGGCCAUCUGCCAACCCCUGGGCUAUGUCACAGCCAUGAGCCCCCGGCGCUGUGUCCUGCUGGUGGCCGCCUGCUGGGUCAUCGCUCAGUUCAAUUCCCUGUUACACACCGUUCUGUUGGUUCAGCUAAGCUUCUGUGCUGACCACACCAUCCCCCACUUCUUCUGCGAUUUGGCUCCACUGCUGCUGCUGUCCUGCUCCGACACCUCUAUCAAUGAGCUGAUGCUAAUGUCCGUGAGUGGUGCGGUGAUUUUAAUUCCUCUGAUGUGCAUCUUGGUCUCUUAUGCCCACAUAAUCUCUGCCAUCCUGAAAAUGCCCUCAUCGGGAAGCAAGCACAAAGCCUUCUCCACCUGCGGUUCCCACCUGGCUGUGGUCUCACUGUUCUACGGGACAGUCAUCGGCGUGUACCUCUGCCCCUCUCCCCCCAGCUCCUCUGAUGAGAGCAGCCUAGCUGCAGUAUCAUACGCAGUGGUGACCCCUCUGUUGAACCCCUUCAUCUACAGCCUGCGCAACCACGACCUUCACCAGGCCCUGCACACAUUCUUCUGCAAGAGGACUCCCUCUAUUCUCCAACAGUGA